AUGAAUUUAACCGAGCCCAACUUGCCCAGAAAGACUCCUCUCGGUCAAGCCCAGAUUUGUCUGGGAACCCCGUGGAUGUCGGAGUCCCCGAGUCCCGCCUCCGAUCCGGAGAUGGGUUUCGAGCAGAGCCUGUCCGAGGACUGCAGCUCCCCUGAUGUCCUGGGGGCGGGACGCCUGAGGAGAGCAGAGCCCAGGGUCGCGUUGACGGCCACGUCGGGGGGCCAGAGUCCCGACCUGACCCAGGGGGGGGGCCUGACCGGGGGCGCCGGGGACGAGAAGGCUGCCGGGGCCGAGCAGAGGAUCCGCAGACCCAUGAACGCCUUCAUGGUCUGGGCCAAAGACGAGCGGAAGCGACUUGCCCUGCAGAACCCUGACCUGCACAACGCUGUCCUCAGCAAGAUGCUCGGUCAGUCAUGGAAGGCACUGAGUGCCACCGACAAGCGACCGUUCGUAGAAGAAGCCGAGCGCCUCCGUGUCCAGCACCUCCAGGACCACCCCAACUACAAAUACAGGCCGCGCCGCAAGAAGACCACCAAGAAACUCAAACGCAUCGAGCCCGGGCUCCUGCUGCACAGCUUGUCCCAGGGGGCGGCGCCGGGCCUCGGCCUGGGAACGGCCGUGGAAAGCGUCUCUGGAGGUUCUGCCUACGGACAUCCGUCCUCCCAGCCCCCGCUCCAUCAUCACCCCCACCACCUGCUACCGUCGCUGGGGCAUUUCAGAGACCUCCAGGCCCCGGGACACCCGGAGCUGGAGAGCUUUGGCUUACCCACUCCAGAGAUGUCCCCUCUGGAUGUUCUUGAGGAUGGAGGUGGGGAGUCUGUUUUUUUCCCCCAGCACAUGCAGGAGGAGGCUGGAAUGGGCGGCUGGAAUGGGUACCAUCACCAUCUGCCCCAUCGCAGCCAACAUUACAGCCAUCACUACCCCUCCCACGGCCAUCACGGCUCCAUGCAUGGGCAGGGUCCCGGAAUGAAUGUUAGCUCCACCUUAAGCAAUACCAUGAACUCCUGCCUUAGUCCCAGCAGAAACUCCAGGCUUGAUCCAAGAGUAGGUUCCGUCGAUUCAAACAUGAACUCAGGUAUUGUCUCCGUCACUUCAGCCAGCUCCAAGUUAAAUCUCCCCAAUACUUCCAGUCACCAGGUCUCCUUAAGGACUCCACUGAAGUGCCCACUACCUCUUCCUGACUCUGCCCCCCCUGUUUCCUACUCUCACGCUUCCAUCAGCCUUCCUGAGACGGUCAAAUGCCAGCAAAUAGCCCUGAGCGCGGCUCCUGUCCCUUACUUCAGCCAGCUGUACGGGAACGGCGUCCACGGCGCGACCCACUUCACUUCCUCCCAUCUGGGCCAGCUUUCGCCUCCCCCAGAAACCUCUCUAACUUCCUGCCCCUCCUCGUCCGCGCCCCCUCCGUCGGCCUUCCCCCGCCCCGUGCACCUGGACGCCUCAGGUCUUGGGGCCGGCGAUCACAUGGGAUCCUCUUGCGCCGAGUUUUGGUCCGAGGUGGACCGACACGAGUUCGACCAGUACGUGAACGUGGGGAGGAAUCGGGAGGAGGCCUACGGGCUGGAGGGGGCGUGUGGCGGAGGGUCGAAGGUCCACGGCGGCGGCGGUAACGCGGACAGCAGCAGCGGUGGCGGGGUCAACAGGGAUGUGGGCGUGCUGAGCGGGGCGGGCUGUGAGGAGGGGAGCAGCCCCCUGAUAUCUGCGCUCUCUGAUGCCAGCAGCGCUGUCUACUACAGCGCAUGCAUCUCUGGGUGAGCGCCCCCCCAUCACCUCUCAGACAGCCUGUACCAGCACCUAUGUGUGAUUUUGUUGUGAUUCGUCAUCAGUAGCCAUAGUUCACUACUACAAAAGCCAAACGGAGCCGUUUACAAUACUGACAAUACAUCUCAAUGCAAUAUCAUAAAGUCUACUCUCAGAGGGAGUCCCUAUUAAGAGAAGAUAGAGGCUACUAAUCAACAUAUCAACCAUGACUUUAUGUCACUUUUGCACUUAUUCAAUCUGUUCUCUUCACAAACACUCCCACAACUUUUUAUUAGAAAAACAUCUGAGUGACUGUCAUAUUAAAAUAGUUUUCUGCUUGUUAUAUUUGCCUAAAACGGUUUAUAAAGUCAGAAUGAGAAGGUUCCCAUUAAGACAGAAAUUGUUUUCAGAUUAACAGUGCGAAACCUCAGCUCGAUUUUAGAAUAAAAGAUAAACUAAUUCAACUUUUCACUCACUCAAUGUAUAAAUAGGUUUAUAAAUCAGCAUGGGGACAACAAAGCCACUUAUCCUGAGGAACAAUCAUAGAAAUAAAAAAUGAUAUAUGUUUUAUCAUGGUAUGUUCACUAUCUAUUGGGAAAAUCUGGACAAAUCUGUAUUUC